ACGCUACAAUUAAUCGCUUCUGACACAGUCACGACCAACAUUGUGAUGCCAGACCUUGAAUCACCAGUACUGUACUCCGGUGAUCCUGACCACUCUGUCAUGCGCACCGGCCAGAGCGUUUCCGCCAUCAUCGCCGAUGGCCAGCACCACUCCAUGAUCUUACACGAGGGACUUGGACCGGCUGUCUCUCGUUUACCAGCUGAACUCUUAUCUGACAUAUUUAUGUACACACUCCCGCCAUUCGAUGAGGUGUUGGCCCCUUCAAAGCUACGUUCUCCCAUGCUGUUGACCAGAUUAUGCCGGAGAUGGAGGGAGGUUGCUGUGGACAUGCCACGUUUGUGGUGCAGCCUGUCCAUUGGGUAUAUGAGCGACAACCAAGAGCGUUGGCAGCGGGAAGCCUUCCGCUACAACACGUGGCUCGAGCGAUCGCAAGGGCUUCCACUGUCGUUGGCACUCAUGUGGAGCUCAGAUCGCUUGACCGACCUUCUUCAUCCUUACACGAAUCAAAUCUCGUCUCUUCGUAUCCACAUUUACUGCACCGCCACACGCGACAUAUUGUUAAACGACCUCCCAGCACUUCAGGAGCUUACCAUAAACUGGAAUAACCACGACUUCGGCAUUGAGAGGACGGCUACUGCGCAAUCUAUUUUGAGACGCUCAUUCACCCUGCGCAGUCUCAAAAUGACAGGGAGAUGGUUCAUGUUCCGCUGGGAUGACUUCGACCAGUUUGCUUCUUUCAAACCCGGAUGGCCCCACUUGACGCAUAUUGAGAUCACUCUAACUCAACUGGAUGUACUCCCCAAGUUGCUUCAGCAGGGUCCCAACCUUUCCUCGGCCAGGAUUCUCUUAGCUGAAUGUGAUACUCGCAUACCGAUAUCACCAUACACGCACACGAAGCUUCAAUCUUUACACAUCAAUAGUUCUGGCAGGCCAAAAAUUCCACAACUCUGCGACCUACUAAACGCCCUCACACUCCCCUAUUUGCAUGAGCUUAUGGUUAGCUGCUCAUCGCUUGAAUGGUGUCAUGGGGUGUUCAAGGAAUUUUUGGCACGAUCAAAUUGUCCCCUGGAGUCCCUGACUUUUGGUUAUGCAUACUCAACAGCCUCAGAAUUAGACAGGAUGAAGGCGGAAUACAUGAUGCUCAUUCCUUCCCUUGAAGUAGUAGUGACGCCUAGUGUUCGGCACAGAUCAUGAUAACAUGUACAGUCAGUUG